GGAGCCGUCGCCCUUUUAAGGCGGCCCGGGGACGAGGCCGGCGAACGUUCCAAGGUGGUCUCCUUUUGCCCGGAAGGCGGAAGGUGGCUUCGGGGGCGGCGGCCGGGAUGGCGCGGCGCUUGUGGGGGAGCCGCUGGGGGGCGGCGGCGGCCUCGCUGGCCGUGGGGCUGGGGCUGGGCGCGGGGCUGGCCGGGAGCAGCCGGAGGCCGGAGAGGUGGCCGCUGCCGCUGCCGGGGGUGCCGGUGGCCUCCGCUGCUGCGGCUCCGCUGCUGCCCCCUGUGCCGGCGGCGGCGGGGGCUGAGCAGCCGUGGCCGGUGGCCAAGUACGGGCUGCCGGGGGUGGCGCAGGUGCGGGCGCGGGGCUCCUACGUGCUCUGCUACGACCCGCGCAGCCGGAGCGCCCUGUGGGUGCUGGAGCGGCUCAGCGCGGCCGGCUCCCGCGCCGCCUCCUCCUCCUCCUCCCCCACCGCCGACCGCGCCGCUUGCGACUUCCGCGAGGACGAGUCCGUGCACGAGUACCACCGCGCCAGCAACGCCGACUACCGCGGCAGCGGCUUCGACCGGGGCCACCUGGCCGCCGCCGCCAACCACAAGGGCAGCCAGCAGGCCAUGAGCGACACCUUCUACCUGAGCAACGUCGCCCCCCAGAAUCCUCAUCUGAAUCAGAACGCUUGGAAUAAUCUGGAGAAAUACUGCAGGAGUUUAACCAAAUAUAACGAGAAUGUCUACGUCUGCACUGGACCACUAUUUCUACCCAGGAUGGAGGCCGAUGGGAAGAUGUAUGUGAAGUACCAGGUGAUCGGCAAAAACCACGUGGCCGUCCCUACUCACUUUUUCAAAGUGCUGAUCCUGGAGAAACCCAGCGGAGAGCUUGAGCUGCGCUCUUACGUCAUGCCCAACUGCCCCGUGGACGAGAAGCUCCCGCUGGAGCGAUUUCUGGUGCCCAUCGAGAGCAUCGAGCGGGCGUCGGGGCUGCUUUUCGUCCCCAACAUCCUGAAGAGGACGAGCAACCUGAAAGCUAUCACAGCCGGAAGCAAGACCUAAUCUUCCUCGUGGUUUUGACAGGAGUCUGCCUGCCGUUGCUGCGGAACUAAAAAGUUUGCUAUCGCACUUCCUUGGAAUUAAUUUUCUGUCCAGCUGCCCUUCAGGGAGGCCUUGUGACACAGCCUGAUUGCUGGUCCCAGAUCUGCUUGGGACCAGUUUGGGCGCCAGCAGGGAUCUUCCUUCUGGCCUACGACAGUCGAGUCAGUUGCUGGGAUUCCCUAUCAGGGAGGUGUCCAGGGUUUUAUGAUUGUAGAGGCUGUACCCUGGCUGGAUCCACCACAUAACAGCCAGUAGCUCUUUCUCACUGGAAGGUGGCUGAAAACAAGCUAGCUUUUAGUGGCCAACAGCAGGGCAGAACCAGAUGCCAUGAGAGACGUGCACAGUUCUUAAUCUCCAUUGGGUUUUUCUUGAAAGACAAACUGAAGUUAAUCCCAAAACCACAUAUGUUUAGAAAGUUGCCCGUUUUAUUAAAAUAACUCUACAAUAUCAUA